ACAGACAUUUUACUUCCCUCUGGUUAUUUUCGAUAUCCUACUCACAUAUAUCUAAACUUGUCAAAUCUGUUAGAAAAUCACCCUAUUUAGACACUAAAUUAAAUCAUAAAAUUUAAUGUGAGCACUCCAGAAUCACAAUAUGGCAAUAAUUCAAUCUCAAAUCUAUAUCAGAAAUCCCCUUAAUCACUUACCCAUAUAUUACAUAAACCAUUCAAACUCUAAAUUGGAUUCAAAUUAAGAGUAUCUUAAUUAAAUACUCUAAUUUGAAACCAUUAUGAUGUAGAGCAAUCUCCGGCUCUAGAUCAUUAUCUCCCUUCUAUAAUCCAUAAUAAGAAUGCCCUUUCACAAGACCUUCAAAAACAUUAGCCCUUUAAUAACUGAAAGUCAAUAGAGCAUUCUGUUCACAGGAGUCAUUCCAUAUAAACAAAACAGAACUUCACAUGAGAUAUAUACAAUUAUUUUAUAAUUCUCUACUUCUGAUUCUAUACCAUUAACCAUCAAAUGUGUUAUUUUUAAGUUAAUAUUUUAUAUAUUUAUUAUAAUUAAUUAUAUAGAAUAUCUAUACAAAAAAUAUUGA